UUUCCAGGAGGACAUAUAUAAAUCACUAUGGCUAAAUAUCUUGACAUUCAUAACAACAAAUCAAAAAUACAACUCGAGACCGCUACCCAUCCUUGUCCAAAAUGCAAACGUCCUGAUGGUGUUCAGUUGACUCGCUUUAAACAUGAAAUAACCGUUCUGAAACGUACAAUUAGUUUGCCUAACAAUAUGUCUGUCAAAUAUGCCUGUAAAUAUUGUAGCUGGAGAAAAAAAGCAUUGCCUGAUGACGACCCCUUUUUUCAUAUCUUUAACGAUGUGUCUUCUAUCGGAAACUACUUCAAUGAUGCCAACCAUAAAUACUACAAUACAGAUAACGAUUAUUCGAUAAUGAUCACAUCUUCUAUAGAUAGACCGGCUAUAUUAUCAUUAUUAUCCCGAUCCUCAGUGUCUCAUCAACAACGGUAACUCGUAUAGUCAACAUCACCAACUGAGCAGCAUAGCGAAAUUCACCAACUUAGCCUUACCUACUCUUGCAGUAGCAAAGAAACAUGACGAAGAAUCCAACUGUAGUAUUGAACCAAUAACAAUCAAUCUGAGGGAAAGAAAACUCAUGUUUCAAAAAACGUCAUUAAGCUACAUACACAAUUAGGUGCCAUGUACCUUAAACAAUAUACCCUUUUUAUCCUAGAAUACCCAAACUACGCUAACUUUAAAAUACGUACUAAUUUUAGUUAAUAGCCAAUACUUCUUCAUUGACUUUAUAUAGUCAUUAUAAUAUUAUAAGAGAAAUCGAAUUUUCGAUUGUUCUUCAAUUCAGAUAUAAACAAUAAAUUCACCGUUGAAAACAAAUAUCGCGA